AUGAAUGAAAACGGCUUUGCAGAUAUGGAUCUGUUUGAUGGGCUUUUUGACCCUUUUGCAGAGGCUGUUGGCGGUAGGUUUACCAGGGAAGCAGUCCGUGUUUUGAGAAACUGGCUCGCAACCCACCAAAGUCAUCCUUAUCCCAGAGAUUCCGAGAGGCGGAUGCUUCAGGAACAGACUGGUCUUACAAAGACUCAAAUUUCCAAUUGGUUGGCCAAUGCCCGUCGACGAGGCAAGAUUCCAUCGAGUGCUUCAUCACCUCAUGAAUCCGGGGCAAUCGACAUUCCUGCAAGACCAGGGACUCCAGCUGUCAGAAAUACAUCUGAAAUGGAUCCUCUACAAAGAUGGGUUGAUUCACCUCCAGAAGAUGAACCUGCAGCUGUGACUGCGAUUGCAAGAGCCGUGUCUAGUGCACGGCCGUUGUCUGGCUCUACGAGUCCGUACACUCGUCUCUCUCGAACACCGUCUGUCAGAAGUGGAGAGACUUCACGAUCCAGCUCAAUCAGUUCUGUCAAUUCCUAUACCAGUCGAUCAUCGUUUGGGCUUAAUGAAUUGUUUAGUCGCGGCAGUUCUCGACGAAGACGAAGAGCGUACAAAGAAGAGAGACGAUCUCUAGCAACUCCACGCAAAGCUUUUCAAUGCACGUUCUGCACCGAGACAUUCCGAGCGAAACAUGAUUGGCAAAGACAUGAAAACUCUCUUCAUCUUCCACUUGAGAGAUGGGUUUGUAGUCCUGAAGGACCUCGAGGUCUCAAAGGACAAGAUACUUGUUGUGUAUUCUGUGGUCAAAUUGAUCCUGAUGAUGCACAUGUUGAAAGUCAUCACUACUCUGCUUGUCGGAAUCGACCGAUUCAGGAACGAACCUUUAACAGAAAAGAUCAUCUAAACCAGCAUCUACGACUUGUACACAAUGCAAAGUUUACAGAGUGGCCGAUGAGACAAUGGAAAGCACCAUCUCCUGCGAUCCGUUCAAGAUGUGGUUUCUGUAAUCUGACUCUGGAGACUUGGACUGAUAGAGUUCAUCACCUUGCAGAUCACUUUAAAGCUGGCAAGACCAUGGCCGACUGGACAGGUGAUUGGGGAUUUGAACCGCAUAUUCUAGAGCUUUGUGAAAACUCUAUUCCGCCAUACUUUAUCGAGACUGAACGGAAUAGUCCGUUUCCUUUUGAAGGAAGCAGGACUCUUUUGGAACUCGCAUACUUUAUGCAGAAUCACUUCUAUACCAACGCAAGAAUGCCAAGCGAUGAAGAAAUGCAGUUGGAAGCUUGUCGAAUCAUUUUUGCAUCCGAGACAUUGUCCCAAAAUGACCUUGUCUACUUUUCAUGGCUUCGAGAUUUGGUUCUUUCUAAUCCUACCAUUACGCAACAGGCUCAAUUUGGUCCUAUACGAUCAACAGCAGAGAGUCGAGUUCCAGCGUUGAUGAUAAGUGGAAAGAACAAGAUCUUUGAAAACUGUCCUUUCGAGAUACAGCUGCACGAGUUUGUUCAAGCAAAACAGCUUCUCGGGAUGAGUAUCAGAGACGAUGAACUGAAGGAGGAGUGCUGCAGGAUUGUUGGGCGUUUGGAAGAAGUCUCAGCUACUCCAUCUGACUUUAUAGCCAAUUGGUUGAUCAAAGUUAUUCAUUCACCAGGAGAUUGGCUUUCAGAGUUUCGUCAACGAGCUGGUAUUGAGAUGUUGCCAUCAGCACAAGUUUUGAACCUUGAAGCAACGAUUCAAGAUUAUACAAAGCUUGAACAAGAGAUGAGUGCAUACUUGGAGAUGCAGAGAGUUAUUGGACUUGAGCCAGACGAUGACGAUCUCCGUCGACAAGCUCGGGUCAUAAUUCAUGGCUCAGAUACGACACUUCAUACUGCAGCAGACGACGAUUAUUGGUUAUCAGCUUUUCGACAACGACAUGCCCCAAUAGGUGGGCCGCAGACUAUGAGACCAGAUGCUCAUCUCUUGGCUGCUCGAUCACUCGUCAUGAAGACCAGUACUUCGUUUCUCAACGAUCACAACUACUGGCGAUGGUUUACAGAAGAACUCCGUCGAUGGGUAGCAGCAAUCAUGUCACCUCACAACCCAGCGAGUCGUGUGCCAUCAGAUGAAGAGAUUCAACAUUACGCCAGAUGGAUCAGCUACAAUGAUGAUGACCCUUUUAAUCAGACAAUUGCGGAGAAUAAGGAUUGGCUGGAGGCGUUUAAGAGGGAUGUUGGAAUUGAGUGA